AUGGCUGAGGAUGAGGAGUCCCGGGGACGGCGAGAUCGAAGCAAAGAGCUGGGUGUGCUGCGCAAGUUAUGGCAAAUCUACGCGGAAACCGUGCUCCCCCUGGAGCAGAAGUCCUUUUACGAGCACUUCUGUGCCCCACCCAUCUCGUUGGAAGAGUUCGAAGCCCGCCCGCAGGUGUUGCUGCUCGGUCAGUACAGCACCGGCAAAACAUCCAUGGUCAAGUGGCUGACUGAGUCUGAGAGCAACUACUUUGAUGUGCGGCCUCAGCCCAGCACAGACAAGUUUAUGGCGGUGGUCCAUGGGGAAGAGGAAGGCAUCAUCCACGGCAACGCUGCUGCUUGUCUUCCCCAGUUGCCCUAUCAGGGCCUCUCCAAAUUCGGCACAGACUUUCUGGGCAGCUUCCAGGCUCUGGUGCUUCCGUCGGAGAUCCUGCGGGACAUCACCUUCAUUGACACUCCGGGAGUCCUUUCCGGCAGCAAGCAGCGCAUCGGACGGGACUACGACUUUGCGAAAAUCAGCGCCUGGAUGGCAGACCGAGCCGACCUGGUGCUGCUCACGUUCGAUGCCCACAAGUUAGAUAUCUCAGACGAGUUCCAGCAGGUCAUGGAGGUUCUGCGGCCACAUGCUGGGAAGGUGCGGUGCGUUCUCAACAAGGCAGACCAGAUCGAUGCGUCCAACCUUGUCAGGGUCUACGGGGCCCUCCUGUGGAAUGUUGGCAAGGUUUUCCAGACACCCGAAGUCGCUCGAGUCUUCGUCAGCUCCUUCUGGAACGAAGAAUAUCGCUUCAAGGAUCACCAGACACUCUUCGAGGAGGACAAGGCCGCCGUGGUGAAGGAGCUGCAGUCCCUGCCGCACACUGCACUGCUGCGAAAGAUCAACAAUCUGACAGCCCGUGUGCGCAGAGUCAGAACCCAUGUCAUCGUGGUGGGCUACUUGCGCUCCAGGAUUCCGCUGCACUUGCGAGCGCUGGGCGCUGAUGGACCGAUCAGACAUUGGCUGUGCUCAAACCUCGAGUCGCUGCUGAGUGAGGCACAGCGAGUGCAUGGCUUGAGCAGCGGAGACAUGCCAAAGCUGGAGGUGUUGCGUGGAAAGCUCCACGACUUUGAGCAAGGCUUGCUGCGCCUGCCUGUCCCCACCACCGCGGACGUGCGCCGCUUGGAUUCCGUGUUGGAGAAGGAGGCGCCCGUCGUUGGCAUUCUGGUGAUCGAACCCGACUUUCCAGUUGGUCUUGUCAGGUGCCCCAGCUUCUCUCAGGAGUUGGAGGCAGGGAUGUUCUUCAUUAGCUUCAUUCCUGGGCUUCGGCAACCGAAAACGAAAAAGGUCACACAGUACGAUGCGGCUACGUGCGACAAAAACGAAGACACGCAGCAGAACAAGCAACACGUGGAUGGGGCAUUGGGUGUGCUUGGCCCCAAUCCCCAGGCCGCAGCCUUGAAGCUUGCUGCGAGCCGUGGCUCUCCCACACUGGCAGCUGCCAUCCAGGCAGGCAAGUUCCCGAAGACAUCGGUCUACGAGUUUGGCACCAACGAUGCUCUUCAUGCGGCUCCGGCGCCCGCCAAGCCCACGCGGGCGGCACUGAUAGCCGAGAAGCCGCCGAAGCCGCAGCCGCGGGAGGUCCCGCAAUCUGUCGUAGCAGCGGCCGCUGCCAUCGGCCGCGCAGUGGCUUCUUCACUGCCAGCAGGCGCCCCGGCCCUGGUAUCACCCGCUUCGGUGGCACCUGCGGCGCCUGCGGCACCUUCGGCACCUCCUGCAGCACCUGCUGUCUCUACUGCACCUGCGGCGGCGGUACACGCUUCCGGCACUGCGACAGAUGAUGGCUAUGGCGGCAGCGUUUGGCUGACAUCGCCUGGGGUCUCAGCAGAGUCGCGUUUAGCUGUGCGGCUUCCACAGGGCGAGUUCACGUACAUUGAUCGUCCAUGGUCGCACUUUGCCACCCGCUGGGCGGCCAUUGAUGCCGAGCUGCAUCGAUCUGUUGGGGAGGCUGCCUUCUCCUUGAUUGAUCUGGGUAGCUGCUGUGGCUUCUUCAGCUUGCAGGCGGCCGUAGCCUACCCCAAGGCAUCCGUCUUCGGCGUGGAGGGGUCGGUUGGCAUUGGAAAUGGCACCGCUGGUCUAGAGGGCACGCAGGACCAGAUUGUUGGGACCAAGGCUGUCCAAACCCACCUCCGAUGGAUCGCUCGACUGAAGCUACCGAAUUGUUUCCUGGCGCCAGAUGUCUGGGAUUUUCAGAAGGUUUCGGACCUCGCAUCGUCGGGUGUCCUCUGUGAUGUUUUGCUGCUGCUCUCUGUCGUCCACCAUGUGGAUAACGUCCUUGGCUUUGAGGGGCCAAGACGCCAGUCCCUUCAUGGACUUCUGGUCGAUCUUCGAUGGCCCGAGGUCUCCACAGAGCAGUAUGCCGAGCGGGGCUGGAGCCGAGUGGAGGCAUUGCCUGUGCCUUGCCUGUGCCUCGCCUGUGCGUCGCCUGUCGAUUUUGUGCUUCCUGGUCUGAUAUUGAAAGUGCCGUGCCGUACCAUUCUGAUCCAGGCAGUAGGUGCUCCAUGCGAGGGAUCUGUGAGUCAAAAGGGAUGUCAGCUGAGCAGUUAG